GAUUUUCUAUGUGAUUUCGUCACAAACGUAUGUGUGCCGAAUUCGGUACAGUAACCGAUACAUUUAACACAGAUCGAAUUCGUACAUUACACAAGGCCGAAACCAACAUGGCGGACGAGCUGACAGAGGAUCAGGUCGCAGAGAUAAAAGAAGCCUUCAGUUUGGUCGACAAAGACGGCGAUGGAGCAAUUUCCACGAAGGAGGUCGGUAAUGUGAUGAGGUCACUAGGUCAAAAUCCCUCCGAGCAAGAACUACAGGACAGAAUAGACGAACUGGAGGAAGAGGAUAAAGGUGGUCUGGUAGAAUUCCCCGCGUUCUUGACAUUAAUGACGAAAUCUAUGAAAGAGAAGGACACAGAGGAGGACCUUCGGGAGGCCUUCAGGGUUUUCGCUAAGGACAGCAAUGGAUUUAUAGCGACACCGGACCUCCGACAGGCGAUGAUUAAUCUAGGAGAGAAACUGACAGAUGAGGAAGUAGAGGAAAUGAUCAAAGAGGCCGACAAAACAGGAUCUGGACAAAUUGCAUUUGAAGAAUUUGCAGCCCACAUAUUAAGCGUUAAUACCUAAAUACUGUCACCCGGGAUGAGGGGGCCGUGGAAAGACUUCAAAUGAUGACGUGGUUCACUUGUAGUUGAGAAACUCCCUGCCUUGACGGAGAAUUAGCUCUAUGUAUUUUUGACGAUAUCACUUCACUUUGUCUCAUGCAAUUUACUAAUAGACAGUUUAGUCUACAAAGAUUGGAUUAUGAAUCCAUCUGUAGAAACUGAUAUAUGGAGGUGCUAUUGUUUAAUACACAUAUAAUAACCUUCAACCAAACAUGUAAUAAUGUUUCUUAAAAUACAUUAAACUCUGUACAUUGCUAUAUCAUAUCAA